AUGAACAUUGAAGGUCAUGCCAGAAACUUUGAAACCCAUGAACUACCAGCAAUGUUAGAGAAGAAAGCAGACAAGAACCAUACACAUACAAGUUUUACAACUGUUGCUAUAGAAAGUAUUGAAGGAACGGUUGAAGAACCUGAUGGGGAUGUAUUAUAUUGUAAACCUCCUAACUUUCCACAAGGUUUAACAUCGGAUGACGACAUAACGACGAUGAGAAACAUUAGAUGUAAAGAUGUUUAUGUCAUGAAGGAUGAACAUAAUAUUAAAUUCACUGCUCAAGAUUUAUAUGACAAGAAGGCUGACAAAACAGAGCUUCAAACAUUAAAGACUGAAAUACUUCAAACAUUAUAUCCUGCAGGCUCUAUUUAUACGUCAAUGAACUCAAUAAAUCCAGCAACAGUUCUGGGUUUCGGUACGUGGGAGCAGAUUGUAGAUAAAUUCUUAUACUGUGCGAACUCUUCAAAGCAAACAGGUGGUUCGAAGAAAAUUAAAGAAGCAAACCUUCCACCGCACACUCAUACAGGAACUACAAACACAACAGGUAGUCAUUCACAUUCAAUAACAAAAAGAGGUUAUACAAAUCUUGCAGCAGGUUCGGAUAGACAGGGAAUGCAUAGAUAUGAUAUUUCAAGUGACCCAGUAGAUUCAAGCACAGGUAUUUUCUGUGGAACCACAGGAAAUCAUUCACACACUUUCACAACAAAUCCAACAGGCUCGGGUGAAGAUUAUAUGCCACCAUUUAUGACUAUAUUCGCAUGGUACCGCGUUCAUUGA